UCAUUGCAGCGACAGCGCCCCGCCCCUCACUCACUCACUCGCCCGCCCCGCCCCCCUCUCUGACCCCACUGCGACCCCGCUCUGACACCGUCCGUCAGCGACUGUACCCAGAGCUGUUUGGUCCUGCUGCGCUUGGCCUUCAACCAUGGCACAGCCUGAGAAGAAGGCGGGCCUCCUGCGCAAGUCUUCCAGCGCCAAGAAGAUGCUCAAGGAGAAGGUGGUGCUCAUGUAUGACGAGAUCUUCAAGACUGAGGAUCCAGCUCAGAAUAAUCCUCGAUUCUGGGAGGAGCUCUUCUUAAUGAAGGUGAACUUGGAGUACCUUGAGGGGCGGCUGGAGGCUCUGAAUGGGGAGAUGCUGUUACAGCUCAAGGACAACAUCAACGGGCUCUUCCACCACAGUGUGCUGGCGCUGCGUGAGGAGCACCAGAUCCGUGUAGUCAAUUCCCUGCAGACGCUGUGCGGCCUGUUGCGAGGAGUUCAUCAGAAGAACAUGCCCAACACCGGCUUCGAUAUCAUCAACAUUCUCAUGGGCUUUGACAGCGCCGAGGAGGAGAUGAAGAGUCUGAUGGAGAGCCUGGACAAUCUGCUGUGCGGGGACGGCUCUCCCAGCCUCAAAAGUCUGUGCCUCAAGCUGCUGCUCUGCCUGGUCACCGUCACAGACAACAUCAGUCAAAACACCAUUUUGGAGUACAUCAUGAUCAACAGCAUAUUUGAGGCAAUUGUUCAGAUCCUGUCGAGCGAGCCCAGCCGCAAGCAGCUGGGCCACGACGCUGUCGUGCUGCUGGCGCUGCUCGUCAAUUACCGCAAGAACGAGUCGGCAAACCCUUACAUCGUCAAAUUAUCCAUCCUGGAUGAUGAAAUGGCGCUCAAUGGGGAAGGGCUUGUCAUUUCUAGGGCUCUCACAGAAUACAACAGGCAGUACAAAGCCAAGGAAGAGGAGCACCAGGGAGGCAUCUUCUCGGCCAUCACAAACAUGGUCGGAAGCAUGUUUGUGGGAGACGGAGAAGAGAAAAUGUCUGUAAAGACGAAUGAGUCCAUUCUGCUGGCGCUGUAUGAGGCGGUACACCUCAACCGGAACUUUGUGGCAGUUCUUGCUCACAGUCACCCAGAAAUGGGAAUCAUCACCCCACCUCCUACAGCACCCGCAUCUCCCACCACCCCGACCACUCCGCAGCCAGGCACCACCCCUCCUGCCAAUGACUCAUUGAGCAGCACAGAGCUCCCACUUGAUCCAAACAUCCAAACCAGCAAUCUCCUCAUCACAUUCCUCAAGUACAGCUCCAUCAUCAUGCAGGACACCAAAGAUGAACACAGACUGAACAGUGCCAAGCUCUGUUUGAUUAUCCUCACCUGCAUUGCAGAGGACCAGUACGCCAACUCCUUCUUGCAUGACGACAACAUGACUUUUCGUGUUCAUCUACAUCAGAUGCCAAUGCGUCACCGCAAGAAGGUUGUGGACAAGAAUGUGCCGUCUCGCCCACUGGCGUGUGCCGUGCUCGACCUGAUGGUGGAGUUCAUAGUAACGCACAUGAUGAAAGAAUUCCCGAUGGAUCUCUACACGCGCUGCGUUUCAAUCUCGCACAAGCUCAUCUGCUAUCAGAAGAAGUGUCGCGUUCGUCUGCAUUACACCUGGCAGGAGUUCUGGGCCGCGCUGAUCAGCCUGCUCAAGUUCCUCCUGUCCAACGAGACGGCGCUGUUGAGCAAGCACAACAUCUUCCCACUCGCCCUGCAGGUGGUGAACCUGUUCAACAUGUUCAUCACGUUCGGGGACACGUUCCUGCCGACCCCUGGCAGCUACGACGAGCUCUACUACGAGAUAAUCCGCAUGCACCAGGUCUUCGACAACCUCUACUCCAUGGUGUUGAGGCACUCGACAAACAAUGGGCAAUGGAAAGAGCCAGCCAGCAAAGUAAUACAAGCCCUGGUGAACAUCAGAGCCAUCGUCAAUCACUUCAGCCCGAAAAUUGAGUCAUUUGCCGCUGUGAACCACAUUUCCCAGCUCUCUGAGGAACAGGUGCUGAGUGUGGUGCGCUCCAACUACGACACGCUCACGCUGAAGCUGCAGGACAACCUGGACCACUACGAGCGCUACUCAGAGCAGCCCAAGGAGGCAGCCUUCUUCACGCAGCUGGUGCGAUCCAUCAGCACCGACGUGCGCAAGAACCUGUCCCUCUACACCCUCAGCCAAGAGAUUCUCCUCAAGGAGUUUGCAACCAUUUCCUGAGCCUCCCCCGCCGCCUCCUCACGUGAUUCAAUACAAUGCCGGGUACACCUUUUUUUUAGGACAGCCGCAAUAUCAAAAUGUCUUUGCACAACGAAGCUUUGUGUAGCAUUAAUACUUAAUGGACAUUUCUCUCUUCCUUCCCACUCCCCCGAUUUUUUUCAGACAUUUAACAUCCUCUAAAAAAUAUGCUUCCCUACUGAACAGCGUAACAUUCAUGGAAGUUGACAGCUUUUUCCAGUGUUUGGAAUAUGCGAAAUACAAAGUAAUGGUGAUAGUUUAGGGAAAAUGGCUUAAAGUUUCACCGCUAUCACAUGUAAUGGUGUGCAAUGUGAAUGUCGUUCCAUUAACCAAAUUAAUGCGUUGGUUAACAAUGUCAGCGCCGAUACACUGACGUUACCCUCCUUAUCAACGAAAUCCCUCCCAAGAGGCAAUAUGAACUAUGAUGGGGGGUGAAACUGCCCACACGAUGUCUCGACCUGCAUGCAUGAGAGAAUGUGUUAUACCAACGUGCUGCGAAACAAUUAAAUUCGCGCAAAAAAUGUCCAAGUUUCAACAUUGAACGUGUGUGUCCGACACUGUCACGUCCAGCAACAUGAACUUUCAAAGUGACAGGAAUUAUCUGCGAAGCAUUCGCCACGAAUAUGCGUCGUUGGUUUAAACCAACAACUUCUCCGCCAGCCUCUAAUCCCUGUGCCUCCUGCAUAGCGGCAUUACAGACCCUGCAGCACCUCACAUGGCUGUAGUGCAGUGGAGGGAGGCUUACAGCUAAUGCGCUGCACUGACACCAGUGUAACUGACGGUAGCCCUUCAUAAUGGGAAAAAGCGGAUCCAUUCCCUUUAUCAUCAACAUUGUCAGCUAUGUGUAACAAAGAUUGCUAUUUGGUAGAUAAAUCGAACAUGCUGACGUUUUCAAUUCCAAAUAGAUCUUGUUCCUCCCGUAAAUAAUGACUUAUUUAAUGGCGAAGUGCAGCACACUGCCACUCUUUGUUGUGUAGUUUAUGUUCUCAAUGACCGGGUAGAAAGGAAGUGACGAGGCUGUCAUUGAGGCAUAACUGCAUUUUUUAUGGCCACAAUCAUGUGAGCCAUAUAAAUACACGGAGCUCUUCUUGACCCAAGCCAUAAAAGCCCUUUGCAUCGUUCAAGUUGGAGAGGGGGCAACGUCAUGACCAAGAGACGGAGGUCCAUGUUCUUGCAAAAUUAAGUGUGUGUUCAAAAGGUCGCACAUCAGCAUAUGAACAGGAUUCUGUAUGAUCGGCAACAUUUUGCUUUGUCGUAUUGAUGUAUUUGCAUUAUUCUGGAAUAAUUAAAGGCUGCCCACCAGCUUGGGGAAGAAUUCUUUUGUCUAUACAAUUUAAGAGGAUCUGGUACACAUACAGUGAGGGAAAAAAGUAUUUGAUCCCCUGCUGAUUUUGUACGUUUGCCCAAUGACAAAUAAAUGAUCAGUCUAUAAUUUUAAUGGUAGGUUUAUUUGAACAGUGAGAGACAGAA